AUGGCUGAACAAUCUCAAGUGGAAGCUUUUUCAAUCAGAAGGCUCAUUGGCCUCACGUCGUUGAAUGGAGAUCAGGAUACAUUACGCUUCCCUCCGUUCCACGAAGAGAUCUUGCGCCACACCCAUUGGGAUGCGGGAGAAAUGUAUGGUCGGCUAAGAAUUGUCAUCGCGGAGGGAUUGGCAAGACCUAACCGAUCACCACCAUUUGAGCGGGUGAGGGAUAUUAUCAUCUUUUCCUUCCAGCAUGCACCUUUAAACAUCCUAGAGCACUCUAAUAUCGCCUGGCCGAAUCCAGGAAUGUGGCUCCAAGGCCCGCGUCCAUUCUUACAGUAUAGUUUUGGGCAUGAAAAAGGCUAUAUCAAAGAUGACGAAGCGCAUUCACAUUCACCAACUCGUCAUGAAGGCCGACCUAUAAUUGGUAACAUAGGCUCCAGUCAAGCCAUGUUACCGUACCGACUUCAACCCACCGCUGCUAUGCCAUGGCAGCACAAUCCUUGGCCAGAAGGUGAUCCUGGAUGGGUGGUUCCAACCCCCCCAAUUUUAGAUCCCUUCGUCGACCCUUAUAGGAAUCGCGCAAACAAUCGCUCAACUAUAGAUGAUAUCUCUAUGCCAGACUAUGUGGGUUCAACCACAAACAGCAGUCGCGUCAUAUCUAGUAAUAUCAGCUUUGGAAGGAGCCAAGAACCUAGCGUUCCUGCCGCAAUUGAUGAUGAGCAAUAUAAUCAGCUAAUCGAAGCCCUGAGCCCCAAGAAAACCGCGAGCGGUACAUGUGCCCCUGCUAAUACUCCAGUUUCGACCGCUCCAAAAAAGACCCAACCGUCAACAGCUUCAGAGCCUCGUGUCAAAGCUAGCCGUCCCGGGCCAUUGAAGGAGAUUUCACAGCCGGCAUCAAGAGUAUCUUCCGGCUCCAGCGUUGUUUCUGAAGGUUCUUCUGCUGAGAAAAUUCCAACCACGCUUCUUAGCCCCAGUCCAAAUACGAUUAGCAAAGAAACGAGCGUCUCUCCAGCGUCUAGCGGAGACGGUCCCGUUUCAUCUAGGACUCAUUUGAAGCCAACACUCCCAUCCACUGUCACAAGCGACAGUAAACGGAAGAGAUCGCCAAAGUCGGAUAAAAGAGGUAUCGAUUCCACCACGUCUCUUUCCCCGUCUCCAUCGAAAAAGCUCACCCGCCGUAAGGAGCAGCAGAAAAUGAAGAAAGAGAAUUCUCCAGACUUGUCAGCCGCAAGGGCUGCUAGAAUGUCCCUCUCGUCUGUUGAAUAG